UCUGUUUCCGCUAUACUCCAUGUUGUUUAACUUCUAAGAGGCGGUGUGGUGCAAGAAGAAAUAUUCUGUAUUUAAAAAGAAGUGUAGGCCUCCAUUGGAACAGCGUGUCUCACUGUUUUCGUAGAUACUGUUGACUUGGCUUGGAAAAGAAAAUGUGGGAUGGCCCCCGGCCUGGCCCGCGUGGGCCUCCAUUUCGUGGGGACUCCCAUGGAGAGAGGUUUGAUGCCCCAAAACGGCCUUUUCCAGAUUUUGGAGGGACUGGUAAAAUGCCAUACAGACCGAUGGAAAGGCCUCCUCCAGACAUAAGGUUCCGACAUGAACAUCCAGGAGACGGGAUGGGGCGAGAUUUUAAACCUAUGGACUUAAGAGGAAGAGAUCCUCGUAUGGACUUCCCUAGACGAGAUAAGCCUGAGUUUGGAAUGAGAAGAAGACCAGAAAUGGGAAACAGGUUCAGGGGACCUCCAGAUUUUAGGGGACCUCCAAUGCAUCAUUUAGAUAAUAGCAGAAGAGAUGGAGAACCUAUGCAUAUGGGCGAGUUUGAUGAGCCAAAUGUGGAUUUAAGAGAGAGGCAUGGAAUGGGCAGACCCGAAUUCAGUACACCUCCUGUGGAUUCCAGGAGAAGACUUCCUUUGGAAAUCUUGGGUAGAGAAGGUCAUGGACUAAAUAUGAGGGGAAAUGAUAAGGGUGGUGGGGAUUUAUGGAAUAGAAACAGGCCUUGGGGGGACAUGGAUGGUGCAGAUGGGUCAAAUAAGGAUUUGCCACAAAAAAACAGAGAAUUUCCUGACUUUAAGAGGCAAGGUAUACCUCCUGUAAACUUAAGGGGAGGGAGGUUUGAUACUGACAUGGACCUCAGAGACAGGCGUAGACCUCCUUCAGAAUAUAUGGAGAGGGAAAGAUCUCCUGUUGGUUUCAGGAACAAUGAUGGUGUCCCAUUUGAUGCGCGGGGAAGAGGUGAGUUGCCCCCAGAUUUUGGAGAAUGGAAUGGACCAAACUUUAGAGGUGGGGAUGGAAAUUACAGAGAACAAAGAGAACCACCUAUGGGUUUCAGAAAUAGGGAUGAGCCUAUUCAUUCUCAAGAUAUCAGGGAAAGGGGGCCUUUUCCUAUGGAGCCCCAUAUGAAGGGGGGUCCUCCUUUUCCAAAGGGCAGGGAUAGAUUUCCUCAAACCAGAGGUCCAGAGAGAACUCCUAGAGGGACUCAUGACUUCCAAGGCCGAGAGGGAGGUCCCAUGGAUUUCCCAGGGGCUAAGGAAGGCCCCUAUACUUUUCCUCCUCCAGAAAGAGAGACUUUGGGUUCACAACCAUGGAAGAGCAGUGUCCCUUUGGACAAUUUUAUAGGUAGAGAUUUGCCACCGUUUGAGCACAGAGGUUUACUAGAGACUCCAUUAAUGCACACAGACCCACCGCCAAUUAACUCUACCUUGGGAGAGGAGCCAAAAGGUGGACCAAGAGAUCAGGAGAAGAAUGGGUCAUUCAGAGAGAAACCUCCUUAUUUUGUGGGUGCCGAUUCUCUCGAUUCUCUCCCAGUUAUGGACAGUUUGUCUCAGGAGCACCACAGCAUUGAGGAUCGUUCUACAUUCCCAGAACCUAAGGAAGCAGCAGCAGGUCCAGAAAGAGAAGAAACAGUAGUAGAGACUGAGAAAUUCAUGGACAAAAGGAGUAAUGAAUACAAGGAUCAAGACUACAGAGACAUUGAUUACCGGCUCGCAUCCAGUCAUACCUUUGAUUAUGAGCAUGGGGAACCUCAAGGGCUGGAAAAAACUUCCAAACCAACCAAACCUGUCCCACCUCCUAGAUCAAGUGACUUCAGUCUUCAGGAUCAAGAUUACAGAAGUGCGUCCAUUAAGGAAAAGGUCUCUCAAACCAUUUCCAUCACAGGGAUUCCUAAAACUGCUACAAUGGAACAGAUCCUUUCUGCGUUUGCUGUUCGAGAUGGAGUUCCGAUACCUGGCAUGAAAAUAAAGGCUGUUGUACCAGGUUACAGCUACGAUACCGCCUAUGUGGAGUUUUUAAACCUCGAGGAUGCAGUCCACUUCAUGGAGUCCAACCAGGGAGCCUUGAAGAUUGGCAGCAAAACUGUGAUGAUGCAAUAUGCCGAGCCAGACUGGAAUGGCAAAGUUUCUGCUGUGCAGCAGGAGUCACAGGUUGAGGAACCCCAGUCUGUGGAGGUCUGUCCUCCAGCCCCAGCGCCCCCAGAGCCUCAGCCACUGGAGCCUGUCCCCGAGGUGCCCGGUUCCCAGCACCCACCUGGGGAGACCGAGUCUCAAACAGAUUGGCUCCAGCAACCCCAGGAUGAUGCCUCUUGGCAAGAGUCGAUGGAACAGCAACCUGCAGAGUCCUGGGGCACGUGGAACUCGCGCCCCGCAGUUCGCAGCGUCGACCCCAUCUUCAAGGAAAGCAAGACUAUGAUAAUUAAAAAUGUGAAGUGCACAUCCACAGUUGAGUCAAUCCUGAAGGCUCUGGACCCAUUCGCCUACCUUGAUAUGAGAAAUGUGCGGUUAGUGAAAGGCAAACCCGUGGGGUCCAAAUGUUUCUGCUUUGUGGACAUGGAUUCACAUGAGCAAGUUGUUCAUCUGGUGGAACUACUCACCAAACCCCAGCCUUUAAUAAUUGAUGGUGCCAGGGUACAUGUGGAAGUAGCAAGACCUUUAAAAAAUCAAAGUUUUAAGAAGGAUUUUGAAAAACCUUCGCUUUUGGGAUAUCCCGAUCUUAGUGCAGAGUACUAUCCCCAGCCUCUUCCAGCUUCUGUGGGGACCCCCGCUGUCGUUCAAGGGGAAACAACAGUUGCAGUCAGUGGAGAUGCCACGCUGAGCUCUGAUCUUCAGUUACAAACCUCUCAUCUGCCACAGGGUACAGGCCUUUUAGAGACUCCUGCCACUGCUCAACCCUACCAGACUACGGACCCCCAUGCCUCUGCUGCCAUCACCCCUGCGGUGGGAGAUGGCUCUGAUGCCUAUAGCUAUGACGCUGUCGCUCCUGAUGUGUCAACAUACUUGUAUGAUGCUACCUCUGGCUUCUACUAUGAUCCCCAGACCACUCUGUACUACGACCCUAACUCUAGGUAUUUCUACAAUGCGCAGACUCAGCAGUACCUGUACUGGGACAGUGUCAGGAAGGACUAUGUUCCUGUCCCAGGCCACACAGCUGAGACUCAGCCCCCGAGCUCCCAGACAGCUGCCGCAACAGUCACAGCUUCUGCGGUGGUGCCCCAGGAGACACCCCAAGACACAAAGGCAACAGGCAGUGAGGGAGCCGUGGACAAGAAGGAAGAGGACAUGGUGAACAAGCCAGAGAAGAAAGAGAAGGAUGACAAGCCUCGAAGCUUGGCAGCACAUAAGAUUAUGAAAGAUAUGGAGCGAUGGGCCAAAAUCCAGAAUCGACAGAAGGAGAGCAUCCGAGCGCCCUCUCCAGUCCUGAAGCCUCAAGGGAACACGGAGGAGAAAAAGGCUUCUAAGGCUGCAGAUGCAGCAUUUGCAAUCUUUGAGAGGAAGGGCACAGCAGAUGAUAUUUUUAAGAAGCCAUUUGCUCCACCAAAGAAAGAAGAGAAGGCUCUAAAGCGGCCGUUGGGCUCUCUUGGAAUGCUGGUAUCGGAGUAUGGAGCAGGAAGUGAUGAGGAGGAGGAAGAGGAAAGAAAGGAAGAGCCACGGGCUGUGAAGAGCCACCAAGAGAAAGAGGACCGAUUGACAGACUGGAAAAAGAUGGCAUGCUUGCUCUGCCGGAGGCAGUUUCCCAAUAAGGAUGCUCUAGUCAGGCACCAGAAGCUGUCUGAUCUCCAUAAGCAAAACAUGGAGAUACACCUGAAGAUCAAGAGGUCGAAGAAGGAACUGGAGGCUCUUGAAAGCCAGGAGAGAGAGAUGAGUUCCAGAGAUAUGACCAGCUCUCCUACUGAAGCCAAACGAAGAAAGUACCAGAGCUCUGAUUCACUUGACGUAGAAAAGGGUGUCCGCAAGGCAGGGGGUGUGAAGACAAACUCAGGGGAGGAGGAGUCUUUUGAGAAGAAGAAAAGGGGCUCGGAAACGCAGGUCAGGACCCCUGCCACAUACCGGGAGGCUGUUCGAAAGGCCAUGUUUGCCCGCUAUAAGGAGUUGGAAUGAUUGCCCAGGACUGCCUUUCUGGAACUAAUUUUUCCCAUGUCUCUGAAAAAUGUCUUACGUCCGAGCACAUUGACAAAACAUCAUAGGGCUGUUCCUUUCAUGCUGUGGACUGGCUUCAUUUUGAAACUCUUACCAAAUGUGGGUUUAUUAAGUGUUACAAACCCACUUCUUCCACACAGGCUACGGAAAGUGCCCUGACAAUAACCUCUAAGGGAUAUGCCUUACUGUGAAGUUGUAGAAAAUUAAGGCUAGUUACAGUUACUGUUCACUAGCAGAAAUCAGUGUUCAGUGCACUUCAAAAAUAGCAUUGACAAGUGUAAAUAAUAUUAAUUAAAAGUGAUUUAGUGACUAUCUUUGAAACAAAUGACGUCUGCCACUACCUUUGUGGCUUUUUGGCCAGUAAUCAGGAGUAGGAAGACUACGAUAUCUGCUAUUUGACUCAAGCAUCUUCUGCACUUUCCCUUGUUUGAGAAGGAGGGACAGGUGUUAUAGUACCUUCACUUCAUCUCUGAAAGCUGAGUUUUGUGUCCAGAUGUGAAGGAAACAAAGUAAGGUCGGCCUGCAGUGGACUGUAUAUUAGUGCUGCUGCAUAAUACCAUGAUGUUGGCAAAAAAAGCUGUAUAUUAAGUUUGCCCCACCAGCUGAAUAUAAAGACCUUUGUUAUACUGUAUGUCUAGUUUUUACACUUGGAACCUUGAUUUAUGUGCCACAGGAUGGUUUCAGCAACGCUAACAAUUGUACUUUCUUUGUUAACACAAUGAUUUUUAUAUUUUUGUUUUCCCAGAUGUGCUUUGUAAUGUCUUCAGUGUACAUUUUUAAAGUAAAAAUGUCUGUAGAUCA